AUGGCUGGUGCUGGAGGAGCACUUGGCUAUUCCUUGAUCAUCUUCCUCACUCUUCUCUCGCACCACUCCUUUCUAUCCUGUCCCGUGGAUCACAAAGAAGCUCUCCUCCUAUUCAAAUCCAUGCUUACUGGCAAGCCAGCAAAGAAUUCCUCCUCGGAGAUACCUUUCUUCGGCUUCGACUCAUGGAAUCCCGGCUCUGACUGCUGUACGUGGGAGGGAGUGACCUGCGAUGACCGAUCAACUUUGCGACCUGUGACCGAGCUUAGUCUUUCAGCUUUCGUUCCCCUCACAUACUCCGCAACCUCCAUGGCUCUCUCCCCUCUCUUCACCAUGAGCACGCUGACCUUCCUCGAUGUCUCGGAGAAUUCACUGCUCGGAGAGAUCCCGCAAGACGGGCUGGCAAAUUUGGCCAGCCUCAGUUAUCUGGACAUGAGCACCAACAAGCUAAAUGGUUCCAUUCCUCGUCAAAUCUUCGGCCUGAGGAACCUCCACUACCUGGACUUGAGCGGCAACCAUCUCACUGGGACUCUCAGCAGCAAUAUCGGCAGCCUUGUAAAGCUCGAGAGGCUCGACUUGGGGGACAAUUGCCUCCAUGGGAACAUCCCUCCUGAUAUCGGCAAGCUAGCAAGGUUGCAGACCUUGUCGCUUCGCCAGAAUCAGUUCGGCGGAGAGAUCCCGGCGUCCAUCUUGCAAAUGAGGGAGCUACAAGUCCUGGACUUGGGGAACAAUUCCCUCUCUUCGGUAAUUCCCGACGGGAUCGGCACUUUGUUCAAACUCUCCACUCUUUCACUGAGAGACAACGAAUUCUCUGGGGUGAUCCCCGAGUCGGUCACGAGGAUGGCCAACCUGGAGAUCCUCCAGCUGGAUGGUAAUUCUCUCUCAGGAGUCAUCCCGCCUUCGUUGUUCGAUCUCAAGAGGUUGAAGAGACUGUUUCUUGGGAACAACAAGCUCUCAUGGAAUAACACUGCGAGGAUAUCACCUAAAUGUCAUCUGUCGCGACUGUCUCUGAGGUCUUGCGGCCUCGUCGGCGAGAUGCCGAGCUGGCUUUCAGUCCAGAAGGAUCUCGAUUUCUUAGAUCUAAGCGAGAAUCAGCUCGAGGGAGACAUCCCACGAUGGCUUGCUGAUUUGGUGCUUGGAAGCGUCAUCAUAACGGAUAACAGACUCACCGGUCCGCUCCCACCUCAAAUUUUCGAGUCCCAGAAUCUUUCAGUUGUUGAUCUUUCAAGAAACAAUCUAAGCGGGGAGCUGCCAAAGAACAUCGGCGAAGCGUCUACCAUCAUGAUUCUUCUGCUGAGUGGUAACAGUUUUUCUGGUCCACUGCCCGAAUCCAUCACCAACAUAGGUCGUCUCUUGCUGAUGGACCUCUCGUACAACAACUUCUCUGGAGAUAGGUUCCCAGUGUUCAGCCCAGACACCUAUCUUGCCUAUGUAGAUCUUUCCUUCAACAGCUUCUUUGGUGAGGUACCGGUGGGUUUUGGCCCACAGAUUAGAAAGCUUACAUUAGGAGGAAACAAGUUCUCAGGAUUGUUGCCUGAGAGCUUGGUUCACAUGAAGAAUCUCGAAGAGCUGGAUCUCUCCGAUAACAAUAUCACCGGCGAACUGCCGGAGUGGCUGAGCAGAAUUCCAUUUCGAGUUCUGAACCUGAGGAACAAUCACUUGCAGGGGUCCAUCCCUCGGGCCUUAUCCAACCUCAGCAAACUCCACAUCCUCGAUCUCUCUGGCAACAACUUUGAUGGUACAAUCCCGACAGAGCUGGGAAAUCUAAAUGGGAUGAUCAACACACCUAGCACAUACUUUACAAUCUCUAAUCUCUUCACCUUCUUCUUCGAUCUCAACGAUGUCAUCGUGAAUUGGAAGGGUUCCUUGAGGAGUCUGGCACGAAACAGCCUUGGCAUCUAUUCAUACUUGGACCUAUCAUGCAACUCGCUGUCUGGUGAAAUACCAAAUUCUUUAGGCAGUCUCCAAGGUUUGAAGUUGCUCAACCUUUCCUACAAUGAACUCGGCGGGGAGAUUCCAGCGAGUUUCGGUGGAUUAGAGAAGCUGGAGAGCUUGGAUUUAUCGCAUAAUAAGCUUAAUGGCAGCAUACCUCAAACAUUUGAGAAGCUUGAUGAACUGACCACAUUGGAUGUCAGCAACAAUGAGCUUGUGGGUCGGAUUCCGGUCGGCGGUCAGAUGUCCACCAUGGCUGAUCCACGUAUUUAUGCUAAUAACAGCGGGUUGUGUGGGUUUCAGAUUGAGGUUCCAUGCAGUGCACCAUCACCGGAUGAACCAAUCUCAGAGUAUAUCAAUGAUGAGGGUGGGGGAUGGAUCUCAUGGGAAGCAAUGCUGUAUGGGUAUGCAGUCGGCCUACUUGUGGCAGUUCCUAUGGCCUACUUUGCUAGAUUUCUCUGACGAGCUCCGACCAUUCUCAAAGCAACCAUCCCUGCCUACAAUGAUCUUUCUGAAAAUAUAGACAUAUGCACUGAAGCAGCUAUCCGUUAAGGUAAUCUUAGAUGCCAUAGAAGGUUGAAGAUUCAAGUAGAAUAAUUCAGAGACAUCUUCUUCCAUUUCAACCUUUGCUUUUGUUACCUACUAUGUACGGAAGUAACUAAGAGUAUAUUAAUAAACUCUUACUGGAGCAUAUUAAUUAUUUAAAGGUUUGCAGAAUUGAUUGCCAUCAAAACAGAAAUAGCAAGACUUGGAAAUUGUUACCUUCAAAGCUGGGCAAAUAACUAAGAGUAAUAUGCACCUAAAGCCAGAACCCGUGAACCUUCUCAUUUACUCUCUUUUCAAAAAAGGACUGGUGGCUAUUCCUUAGCCUCUGUUACCAUCAAAAAAUUAAAAAAAAUGCACCUAAAGCCCACUACUACUGUAAUUUAUAAUAAACGCUUACCGAAGUAUAAUAAUUAUUUGAAAGGCUUAAACUUGGCUGAGCUUUGGUCGGCCUGCAGCGGCCUUCGAGCGGCAGUAAUGUCUUGUCAUGCAUCUGCCGCGUGACUCCUACGGUAUGGUGGAUUCAGCAGCCUUCAUCCUCAUCACAUGAGGAGCAUGCAUGUCUACUAGACAUACAAGCAACUACUCAGCAUCUUAGGGAACGGUGGAUUACACACAUCUAGCAGCAAGCUAACCAAGAAGUUGAUUGGCUAGCAGAUUUGGGUGCAACUCAUUUUGGUUCUCACAAGGGAUGGCACAUGGUGCAUUGGAGGCUGUCCGAUUUUAUUCUUCCGCUUGUUUUCACCAGAGAGCAUAAACUCCUUUUACUUAC